UGCUGGUUUCUUGCACUAAACCGAAAGGAGUAUGUUAGUAUGCUAUUCAGAGGAACUACAUAUCCCAUGCUGCACCAGCCACCUGUCACGUGAGUCCAACAGUGAAACAUGGCACCUGUCUAGCACUGCAAGAACGGAAUCACCGUUUGACAGAAAAAGACCAUAGCAGGAUACAUCGCGUUUACUGCUUAGUGUUUUUUCAGUUCUACGAUGCAGAAAAUCAAGUCUUUGAUGGCCCGUCAGGGUCUGAAGAGUCCCCAGGAGAGUGUGGUUGACAUGAGCCCUGUGGAGAGCUUCAGGACCCCCAGCAAGGAGGAGCUGAGGGAAUUGAGAGAACAACCCACUGAUCCACAGGAAGAACAGGAAAUCAUUGAUAGAAUAGAGGAAGUGUACUUCUCCAGUGACUCCUUCGACAUGGUGCAAUAUGAGCUUGAGAAACUCCCUCCGGAUUUGAACCUUCUUGAGCUUGAGGAGUACAGAGAUAAGCUGAAGAGACAACAAGCAGCCGUGUCUAAAAGAGUGGCGGACCUCAUUUUGGAGAAACAGCCUUCCUAUGUUAAGGAGCUCGAGAGAGUGACGUCUCUGCAGACCAACUUGCAGCUGGCUGCAGUCAUCUGCACUAAUGCACGAAGGCAGCUUCAUUCUGCCAAAGAAGGCUUCACUGAAGCCAGUCUGGGGCUGUUAGCCAAUCAGAGACGACGUCAGCUGUUGACAGGAUUGUUGAAGUCUUUGAGGACCAUAAAGACUCUGCAAAGAACUGAUGUUCGACUGAGUGAAAUGCUGGAGGAGGAGGACUAUCCAGGCGCCAUCCAGCUGUGCUUAGAAUGCCAGAAGGCUGCCAGCACUUUCAAACACUACAACUGUAUAAGCGAGUUGAAUUCCAAACUGCAAGACACUCUGGAGCAGAUCGAGGAACAACUAGAUGUGGCGCUGUCCAAAACCUGCAAGCACUUUGAUGUUUCUCACUACACCAAAGUUCAACUGGCAUAUAAGCUGCUGGGCAAGACACAGACGGCCAUGGAUCAACUGCACAUGCACUUCACCCAGGCCAUCCACAACACUGUCUUCCAGGUGGUGCUGGGAUACGUAGAGUUGUGCGCCGGCAACGCCGACACCAAGUUUCAGAAGAUGCAGUACAAGGACCUUUGCACGCACAUAACCGCAGACAGCUACAUCCCCUGCUUGACCGACCUCUGCAAGGCAUUGUGGGAGGUGAUGCUCAGUUACCAUCUAACCAUGCAGUGGCACGAUGAGCACUACAAAGAAGAAGAGGCGACUCCUGGAGCAGAUGAUUCCAGCGCAGAGGGCUCAGACGAAUCCACCGUGGACCGCAGCUAUGUGAAAAAGAAGCUGGAACAUGGCUUAACGCGGAUCUGGCAGGAUGUCCAAUUGAAAGUGAAAGCCUAUUUGCUGGGAACAGACGUGUCCAACUUCAAGUACGACGACUUCAUUGUGGUUCUGGAUGUUAUCAGCAGGUUGAUGCAGGUGGGAGAGGAAUUCUGUGGCAGCAAGUCUGAGGUGUUGCAAGAGUCCAUUAGGAGACAGAGUGUAAACUACUUUAAGAACUAUCACAGAACCCGCCUGGAGGAGCUGCGAAUGUUUCUUGAAAAUGAAACAUGGGAGUUGUGCCCUGUGAAGUACAACUUCAGUAUUGCCCAGCUUCACGAGUUCAAGUUCAUGGGUCAGUGUCGUUCUCCUUCAGUAUCUCCCAGCAGGCAGCCGGAAUCCACAGAGACGGUGGAGCUUUCUCUCUUUGAGCAGUACCUACAGGGAGGAAAUCCUUUUGAGAUGCAGAUCGACAAUAAGGAAGAGGAGACAGAAGAUGUCCUGGCUUCUAAUGGGUAUGAGUCAGAUGAGCUGGAGAAGAGUGUGUAUCAGGACUAUGACAGUGACAGUGAUGUACCUGAGGAGCUGAAACAAGACUAUGUUGAUGAACAGACAGGAGAUGCUCCAGUGAAGAGCGUGUCCAGAGAGACACUUCGCAGCCGGAAGAGGUCCGACUACAAUCUGAACCGAGCCAAUGCCCCCAUCCUUACCAACACCACCCUCAACGUGAUUCGCCUGGUUGGUGAGUAAUUGACCUUUGAGCUUACA